AUGGAUAAUCCGAAUGAUAGUAUAGAAAAAUUAUUCAAUGCUCCGUUACAAAUAAAUGGUCCACAUUUAAUCGAUUCAGCUGACUAUCACACAAAUCUUCAUCUUAAUUAUCAACAUCAACUUCUUUUACAACAACAUCAAGAUCAUCAACAAAAUCAUUUUCCACAUCAUCAUAAUCAUCAUCAUCACUAUUUAGCACAACAUCAUUCAUUAUUAAACAAUCUUCCAACGUAUGAAUCUUACGGUACCACAUCUCCACCAUCACUUAUCGAAGAGAAACCGAUUAUCAAAUAUGAAUCGACUAAUGAAACAAAUAUAAAUAACAGUUCACCAUUAGAUGAACAUAGUGCAGAAGAAUCAGACGAUAAAAAAAAACGUCAACGUCGUCAACGUACACAUUUUUCCAGUCAACAACUACAACAAUUAGAAGCAACAUUUUCAUGUAAUAGAUAUCCAGAUUUAGCCACAAGAGAAGAUAUUGCUGCAUUAACAAAUUUAACCGAAGCUAAAGUUCGAGUUUGGUUUAAAAAUCGUCGUGCUAAAUGGCGUAAACGUGAACGAAACAUGGAUCAUUUAAGAAAUUUUUCUCAUUUAAAUGGUCUUGUACAACCAUUCGAUGUUUAUCAAUCAGCUUAUGCUGUCAAUUAUCCUUCACAUUGGGAUACACAAACACCAAACGAUAAAUCACCUAGUCCAACUACUACAAAAUCUUCUGCAUCUUCUUCUUCAACUCAUACAACAUCAUCAUUUAAUCCUUGGCCACUACCACCAGUAAACUCUUUGACACAACCUCUAAUGACUCAUCAUACAUCAUCAUCUUCAUCUUUAUCACCAACCUAUUCUUAUACAUCAUCUAUACCUCCUCUAUAUUCGACACCCAAUUAUUAUUCAUCUACUGUACCUGUACAAAAUAAUUCCUAUACAAAUUAUAUUCAAAAUGAUUUACAUCCAUUAACACAAGUUUUAAAAAAUAAAGCAAAACAAAAUGGUUCAAGUUUUCAGAUAUAUGGAACACAAACAAAUAUUACAAAUAAUAUUUAUCAAUCACCACAUUAUCCAAAUAAUCCAUUGUUUGAAACCUAA